AUGUUGUCGCAAGCAAGACCAAGAACUUUCACACUACUCAGGCGACAUGUUUAUGCAUUGAGUCCCAAGAACAACAACCAGUUGCAAAGAACCAAUGACUGGGGAUUAGCAGUACCACGUCGUAUUGAGUCCACUAGAUGGGCGCACCGAAAAUCUCAAAGCGCCGAAGAAGUGAGGGAACCUGCCCCUCCUGCCACCCCAAGUAUCUCACCGCAAUAUCUGGGCUGUGUUGAGGUGACAUCCGACGUGGUCGCAACACCUCAUCAAGUCAGUGACAUGCUGCAAACCAUCUCACACAUUCGCCCUCGUUCAGAUCCAUUCCUGUAUCUCAAUGCUGAAUCUCCGGACUUGUCUCGGAAUGGUGAAAUCUCUGUCCUCACCAUCCUUGUAGAGCCCAAAAGGCAUGUCUACAUCAUCGACGUCCAAAAGCUUGGCCAUGAGGCCUUUACCACGAUGGGCUCCGGAAUCUCGCUCAAGCAGAUACUAGAGUCUACCCACAUACCCAAAGCUUUCUUUGACGUCCGUCCCGACGCGGACGCACUGUUUGGCCUCUACGGCAUCCGCCUCCAGGAAGUGGAAGACGUCCAACUCCUGGAGAAUGCGUGCCACGGACGGAAAACUCGCGUAUUCCUCCGCAGUCUCUCUAGCUGCAUCAAAGCCGACGCGCCAGUGGAAGAAUCACAGAGAACAGCCUGGCUUGAAACGAAAAGCGAGUGCAUGUCCCUGUUCAUGGGCGAAGGAGGCCGCCAGUUUGAGCAUUUUACGAAGCGUCCGCUCCCUCAAGAGUGCAAGGAUUAUUCCGUCAAUCAGGUCAAGUGGCUCCCCUUGCUCCGUUCGGUGUACAUCCGGACGCUCAGAAAGAACCGCAGCGGUACGAGAUGGUGCUGGAGGACAACUGUCGAGGCCAAAAAACGGGUGGAAGCGGCUCAAUCGCCCUGGUAUAUCGCAGGUAUAAGACAAGUUGAUGUGCGAGGGCCAUGGAGUGAAAUAGAGUCAAAAAAACCAAAAACGACUCCAAAUACGGCACCGGAAACAUCUCAAAAACAGUACAAGGAACAGUACAAAAAAAAGUACAAGAAACAGCCCAAGAAACAACCCAAAAAAGAGCCCAAAAAGGAGCUCAAAAAACAGCCCCAACAUCUUGAGCAAUUCAAGACUGAUGCUUACAAAUGGGAGACCGAAGGUGCAUCUACAGAGCCGGCAAUAGCUACUGCAGAGCCUGCAACGGUGCAUCAGAAAGGAGCAGCAUGGUUUCGGAACGAUGUGGCAUGCCAAUAGCCUUCAAAAGCGACUUGAUCAGCGCGGAAUGCCAUGCUUAUAGCAGGCUGGGUUGACUUGAGUCAUCGAAUUGUCUUUUUUUUUUUUUUUUUUUUCUU